GAGAUAAAAUUGAGGACAUCAGAGUCCUUGCAAGUGUCCCUCUCCGAAACUUUGAGGACAAAGAUAGACAACAAUGGUGUCAAUGUCAUGUUGGCAUUGUACGAGAGUGGGUUGGUGAACGACUGCCCCAAGGGGGAGAACAAAGGGAAAGUCCUGGCCAAUGACUUUGUGGUGAGGAGGCUUGAGAAGGUCUGCACCGUCAAAGGCAUCUCUGCCAAGAAGACAGUGACCGGAACCGUUACCCUUGCUCUCUGGGAUGGCUUCAAUGGCGAUAAAUGUGGAGUUGCUGUCUUUCUUCAAAAUGGUGCCCAUCAAAUUUUCGGUUCACAGAGCUUCCUAUUGCCAGAUGAUAUAUAAGAUUGGAUUUGAUUUCUAAAGUAUGUGUUUUUCUGGCUAUUACAACUCCUAGGCACUUUAUGUACAGGAUGUGUUAUUAGAUUUAUUCAUUUUUACCUCUAACAUUUAUUCCUUAUAUCUAUCAAUUCCCUUUCUUUCAUAUAAAAAUUACUAGUCAGA